AUGUGUGAGAGGGAAGCGCCCCUGCUGUCACUCAGCCAUGAAUUCCUGCACAUGGUGGGUUCCAGCAGUCAGCCAGAGGCCAUCAUCAAAAUUGUUUUGCUUUGUAUUAAAUUAAACUCUAGAAACAGUACCAGCUUAGCUUUGAGCCCACAGUUUCAGAUGCUUCCUUCAUUAGGGCACCUGGUCAGCCAUGCUGCGGACCCAGUGCAACCAAGAGGAGACUCUCCCCUCUGCGGGACCUUCCUCUGUGCAGCCACUCAGCCUCCUCCUUCUUCUCUGGCUGGAAACGUUUAUGUCCUGAAGAACAGCUCCUCUACCAUUGGGCCAGUCUUUGCACAGUUCCCCACAGACAAGCAAUUAGAUCCUGACAUCUCCCAUGGUGACGAGCAGUCAGAUCUUGACGUCUGCCAUGGUGACGAGCAGUUAGAUUCUGAGGUCUCCUGUAGUGUUGAGCAGUCAGAUCCUGACGUCUCCCACGGUGAUGAGCAGUCAGAUCCUGAAAUCCAUGAUGUUUCUUCGUUCAUUCACGACGUCGGUGUUUACUGCCUAUUGCAUGCCAGUGGCUUGCACAACUAUCCCGGUGACACGCAGCACGAGCAGCCUCAGGGGAGCCCCAGAGGAGCCGGAAAGAAGGAGCUUCCUCAGGGCUGUGAGGACCGUGGAUCCCCGCCCACUUCCACAGAAACUGUCCCAGUCCCCGCGGGGAGGGAACGGCCAGGGAUCUGGUUACUGGAUGCUGGAAGGUCAGGUCAGUUCGACGCUGGGGAGCCCAAGGAGGGCACCCACCCAGAAGACCCACGCCCGGGAGCUGGGGCUGCUAUGGAGAAGACAGCUGCGGCAGCCGAGGUCCCCAGGGAGGACGGCAACGCCAGGGAGAUGCUGCCAUUACAGCAGCAGAUCACCAGACUCCACCAAGAGCUCGGGAGACAGGAGUUUCUGUGGGCUGAUGUUCACAGAAAACUCCAGAGUCAAAUAGAUGCUUUGAGGAAGCAGAACCUGGAGCUCCGAGAAGAGCUGAGAGGUCUGCAGUGGCAGUAGUGGAAAGCCAGGAAGAAACCUGCAGCGUCCCGACACGCAGGGCGAGAAUCACACACUCUGGUAGGAUGGGCACCGAGCGAAGAUUGUGCCAUCACCACCUUCCCCGACACCAGCCAGAAGGAGCCGAGCAUGGAUAAGAAGACGAUCAUCAUCUGGUUUUCUAACGGCGAUGUGAAGAAGGUCAAACCCGAUCAGAGAGUGGUGUCAAGUACUCAGCAGCUGACAGCUGCUGCUACCAUGACGAUCUUCACUGAAAAAUUCUACCGCGAUGGCUCCAAAGAAAUUGUGUUUCCUGACGGGACAGUGAAACAUCUCAAGGAUGGACAGGAAGAGACCUUAUUUCCUGAUGGGACAAUCGUGAGGGUGGAAAGGAAUGGCGACAAAACCAUUGUGCUCACCAAUGGGCAGAAAGAAAUCCACAAGACCCAGUUCAAGAGGAGGGAGUACCCAGAUGGCACCGAAAAGACUGUUUAUUGCAGCGGCUGUCAGGAAACCAAGUACAUCUCCGGGAGGGUAAAGAUCAAAGAUGAAGCUGGAAACAUCAUCCUGGGCAAGAAACAGAUGAGCCUGCAACACGCAGCAUCACAUGGGAAAUGCCAAUUGCAGUUUUUUGCUAAAACAGACAAAAACUAA